AUGGCUGCUCCUCCCGGCAUGACGCCGCAGCAGAUGGCAGCGUUUCAACAGCACAUGCAACAGCAACUGGCCGCUGAGGCCGCCAAGAGGGGCAUGACCCCAGAAGAAUUUGUCAAGAUGCAGCGGGAGCAGGUCAAUACAGAGGCAGCCAAACACGGCAUGACUCCGGAACAAUAUGUCAACACUAUGAGGAUGCGGGCCAUGCAACAGCGAGCUGCUCAGCAACAGGCGCAAGCGCAAGCACAGGGACAGGGCCAAGGACAAGGACAAGCGCAGGCACAGCAAGGACAACCACAAGGCCAAGUGCAGCAACAGGCGCAACCGCAACCAGUCCAGCAGCAAGUACCCGUAAACCCAAACAACCCUCCAGACCCAAAGGCCAUCGCCGUAGCAAACUGGCUGCGUUCGCAAAACCUCAAAACUCGCACAUGUAUUCUGGAUGGCCAACGCAAGGAUAUGUUCAAAGUCAAACGUGCCAUCCGUGCUCUCGAAUCUCCCGCAUAUGCCAAAGCUUCUAGCAAGAGCAAAGGUCUCCUCCCUCCGGUGACAGACAGAGCCUCUGCGGAAAACACCUUUAAACUUCUCCCUCUUUCAUUACUCGCGUUACGAGUCUCCAAGCACGACCCACACGCCGGCCAUGGCCAUGGCAAAGGAAAGCGAGUUAAAGGACUGUGGACUGUCAAAAUCGAACAGCACCAAGAGACGGACCCUAUGAUGCACUACGUAUUCCUUUACGAGGGCCCGCAAUGGAAGCAGAAGGCUAUGGCCGCCGCCGUUGUUGCUGGGAUUUUCGCUGUCGUUCUCUUCCCCUUGUGGCCGAUCAUGCUGCGUCAAGGUGUGUGGUACUUGAGUGUCGGCAUGAUGGGUCUGUUGGGUCUGUUCUUCGCCAUGUCGAUUUUCCGACUUAUUCUUUUCUGCAUCACGGUUUUUGCGGUUCCUCCAGGUCUUUGGCUGUUCCCCAAUCUUUUCGAGGAUGUAGGAUUCUUUGACAGUUUCAAGCCUGUUUGGGGCUGGCAAGAGAAGAAGAAGAAGAAGCCCAAGAAAGCCAAAAAGACCGUUGCUGCUGCUGAACCCGCAGCUCAACUCGCAACCACGACUUCUGCGCCAACCGAUACAACCUCGUCGGCCACCUCAACCGGCGCAGCCCCUGCUGCAGGCGCAGACACACCGACCAAGCGCGCACCUGCAGCAACUGUCGAGGACGCGGAAGAAGAAUGA